AUGGCGCUAUCCACAGGCCAUGUCGCCAGCCAACUAAGGCACCUCAUUUACUAUCACCUCGAUAACAACCUCGUUCGCAAUGCGCUCUUUCUUGCUGGUCGUCUCCAUGCCUACGAACCACGAUCCUUCGAAGCUCAAUAUCUACUUUCUCUCUGCCACCUACACAAUGGAGAAGUCAAGGCUGCGAUGGAGUGUAGCCAGGGCUCAGGAUCGCGUGGCUUGCACGUCGGCAGCGCCUACGUCUAUGCACAGGCUUGCUUGGAUCUGGGCAAAUACGUGGAUGGCAUAACUGCCCUGGAGCGCAGCAAGUCGCUCUGGGCUUCGAAGAAUCACUGGAAUAAGCACAGCGAAACAUCUCGACAGCACCUACCAGAUGCAGCAGCGGUGUACUGCCUGCUCGGAAAGCUGUGGCAAGCUCAUAAGGACUUGCACAAGGCGGUAGAUUGCUAUGUGGAUUCGCUGAAACUGAAUCCGUUCAUGUGGGAUGCUUUCCUCGGGCUAUGCUCCACCGGUGUCAACGUCCGAGUCCCUAACAUCUACCAACUCAGCCCGGAACUCCUCUCCGUCAUCUCUGCCUCUCCCGACGAUCUGGACUCGGUACCAGGGCAUUUCCCACCAGCUGAAGGGCCUUUUUCCUCACAAUCUACCGGAUACCCCGGACAUCCCGGACAUCCCGGAGGUGAUCCAUUCAUGGUCCCUGCUGCUCGUGGCGAGAUCGAUUCGACAUACGGAAGCUCAGCUCUGUGGGAGAAAUUCAAUGGAAGUUCUGUCAGUGUUGCAUCGGUAGCGGCACCGGUGAUCCACGAGGGAAUGGAGACGCCCAGUGGACAAAGCAGUAGCUCAGAAGAGUUCCGUAUUGCGAAUGGAGUCACGGAACCGGAGUCCGCCUGGGAACCACCACUGGCGCCAGCAAGGAAGAAUCGCACGAUUCAGUCUAUGAGCUUAGACCAAACGGGUCAAGCUCCACCCAAAAUGCGAUCAACUGGUAUUCGGCCUCGCCCUCGAACUCGAACAGAGCUGGAUGAACCACCUUUUGCCUCGGCGGACAGAGAGCCUCCACCAGCGCCUCGGUUUGGUGAUCGCAAACGCACUGUUUCUGGCCAAGUUGCCCAUCCCCUUCCUCCCCAGCCGACCGAACCUGGUGCUCCCCAGCGUCGUAGUGUCCGACUUUUCAAUCAAAUUAAACCCACCACCAGCAAGCUGUCCAGUUCUACUCUCACAGGGCGCGAUGGCCGAGAAGUGAAGAAAGUCCGAAGUGCCCACGCCAAGGGACGUCCUGCCACAACGUCAACUGUGGGCCGGGUGGUGAGCGGCAACCGCAAACCUAUGGAGUCAUCCGACCAUGAUAGCAAAGAACCCCGUGCUACGUCCAUCCCCGCCACCUCCGGUGUUCCCCCUCUUCCCCGACAUGCCGAGAGAUCCAAAGAGCUCGAAGCCUUGAAUUGGCUUUUGGGACUGUUCAGCAAACUUGCAUCUGGGCACAGCGCAUUGAGCCGGUAUAGAUGCCCCGAGGCUGUACAGCAUUUCAACUCUCUUUCGCAGGGUCAACGGGAGACACCGUGGGUCCUGUCUCAGCUUGGCCGAGCCCACUUUGAACAGGCGUUGUAUGGAGACGCCGCCAAAUAUUUUGCCCGUGUCCAAACUAUGGCACCCUCGCGAGUCGAAGAUAUGGAGAUCUACUCGACUGUGCUUUGGCACCUGAAAAAUGACGUCGAGUUGGCUUAUCUGGCACACCAGUUGCUGGAAGCCGAUCGAUUGUCGCCCCAGGCUUGGUGUGCCAUCGGUAACUCCUUCUCCCACCAGCGGGAUCACGAUCAGGCCUUGAAAUGCUUUAAGCGAGCGACCAUGCUUGACCCUGAGUUUGCCUAUGCCUUUACACUACAAGGUCACGAGUAUGUUGCCAACGAAGAAUACGACAAGGCCCUGGAUGCGUAUCGCCACGGAAUCAAUGCUGAAAAUCGCCACUACAAUGCCUGGUAUGGACUGGGCACAGUUUACGAUAAGAUGGGCAAGCUCGACUUUGCCGAGCAACAUUUCCGGAAUGCAGCCACCAUCAAUCCGACCAACGCCGUUCUCAUCUGCUGCAUUGGGUUGGUCCUGGAGAAGAUGGAUGACCCGAAGAACGCUUUGCUUCACUAUGAGCGGGCCUGCACAUUGGCACCACACUCUGUCCUGGCUCGCUUCCGCAAGGCCCGUGUUAUGAUGAAACUACAUGAUUUCAAGUUCGCCCUGGCAGAGCUGAAGGUGCUUAAGGACAUGGCACCGGACGAGGCCAAUGUGCACUACCUGCUUGGUAAACUGUACAAGAUCCUCCACGACAAGGCCAAUGCCAUCAAGCACUUCACCACGGCUUUGAACUUGGAUCCAAAGGCUGCACCAUUCAUCAAAGACGCGAUGGAGUCCUUGGAUGAUGAUGAAAUGGAAGAUGACGAUAUUGCAUGA